UGUCGUAUAGUGAGUGUCUGAACAUGAUCCACAUAACAUCAUUCUGCUGGUGCCUGGGACUGGAGACGGGCUCCAAAAUCAUUGGAUAUCUACAUUUGCUGAUUUCUUUGGGUCUGAUGGUGUUAUACUCGGUGACUGCUCGGGAGGCCGGUCAGUUGAUGGGUACAGUAGAAGACGCAGUAGACGGCCUUUACUCUAAGGUGUACUAUAUCGCUGUGUCGCUUGCUGUGUUCACCGUCCUACACGUGACGCUAGCCAUCAUUCUGAUCUACUCUGUUCAUAAGCGCCAGGUGACCGGUGUCCGUGUGUGGGUGUGGUCCAUGCUGCUGCUGCUGCUCCUCUCCCUGUCCUACGUACUAUACUCAAUGACCCUCGGGCUUCACGUCCUCCGGGUCACACAUCUUCCUCACCUUCGUGGAGGGAACCGUGUCCUCAUGUACUGCAUCCUGUGCGUUCACAGUUACUCCCUGUUGUUGCGCAGCUUCGAAGAUUCCGAAACAUGUGGACCCAUCGACUACCACUAA